UUGCAAUUCACAACUUAAGAGUUCAAGAUGCCACCAAAGAAAGGAAAGAAGGGAAAGAAAGGCGGAGAUAAGUCAUCAAAAGGGGAAUAUCAGUUAAAGGAUGAGGAGAGCAGACGGAGAUAUUUGCAGGAUAUCAAGGAUAAAGCAAAGGAGAGACAAGGUCUGGAGGAGAAGAAUGCCCACCUUAAUAACCUCAAGAUCCAAAAUAGAUGGAGGGAAAUAAUGAAAGCAGCAAAGGCUAGGGAUCUUGCACAGCAGAUCGAAGUUCUGAAACAGAUUCAUGAGCGACACCUCGACAGGAAGAACGCUUCAAUUGAGACCCUCGCGAAGGAUGUUGCAGAGGCUGAAGACCAGUUUGCAACAGCUCUGCAAGCACACUGUAUAAACGUUGAUACCCUUAUCGAAUUGCAGUCGGCGAGACUGCAAACCUUGCAGAGUCAGUUUGAGAAUGACUUGGGAAUACUUGAAACCGAAUUCAAUGCAGAGAGAAUGAAAUUGCAGACAGGACAUGUGAAGGAAAAAGCAGAUAUUCUGGGAAUCAUGACAAGAAUGGAACAAGAAUUUCAAGACACCGAAGCGGAUGCCAAGCACGAGUACUCUAGUAUGAGAGAUGAUGUGAAGAACAAGAAUUUAGAGGAAAAACAUGCGCUACGUAUCCAGCUUGAAGGCACCGUCGAAGACUUGUGGCGACAGUUUCAGGCAGCGCUGAACCAAUACAACACGUCCACCGAAGAAAGGAAGAAGCAGUUUGAGGAUUUGAAACAGAAGGAUCAAAAAAACGCCAAGGAGAUUGAGCAGCAGAUGCGAAAGCUUGUUAAGCUGCAGGAGACCAUUGUCCAUCUUAAAACGAAGCUAACAAACAACUCGAAAGAGUAUGAAGAACGAAAUCGGGCUCUCCGUGAAGAGAAGGAGGCAAUUCAGUCACAUUUUCAAUCUUUGAAGCGCAAAAUGAAUUCCUUCCGGGAGGAAGAGCGCCGGAAGCUGACGGAGUUGACUAUUGUCAGCAACCGAGUGAUUAAAGACUUGGAAAGCAAAAUUGAGAGAGCUGAAAAAAUCAUUAGGCUGGCGGAGAUGAAUAGGAAGCUGGAAACGGAAGAAGAAAAGGUUCAGCCCUUCUAUCGAGAAACCUGGAAAGAAGGAGUACAGUUACAAGGGAUCGCCGAAGAAUCAGCGACGGCACUUGAAUUCCCGAAAGAGUUUGCAGCAAUGGAGCAGUUUCAUAAACGGUAUAACAAAGUUAGUCUGGAUCGUCUUGCCCUGGAGAAGCAAAGAGGACAGUUGCAAGAGGAAAACGAACACCUCCGCAAUAUUCUCAAGCAAUACCUCGACGGUAUCAGCGUAAAUGAAACGGUGCUCGAUCACGCUAAUCCACUGGUCGUGGUCAAUGGACGAACCAAUGCUGCCCUAUCGCAUCCCCACAGCCAUCUCAAUAUUACCUAUGUAGAAGCUGCACAUCAACGACAGAGACUGGUCCUGUAUUGAAUAAGACUAGGUAUCCCCAAGUGCUCGGCUCGUCGCAUGAGUUCAGGUAAUUACCACCAAGAUAUAAAUAUGUGUAUUGGCUCGCAGCGUACGUCCUCUUUGUUGAUGUUUGUAGAAUACAUUAAGGGCAAGUCACCAUAUAA